AUGGAAAGUGGGAACACCAGUUCCGAUUUCAUUCUCCUAGGUCUCUUGGGCCACUCCAGAGCCCAACAGUUUCUCUUUGGGAUGGUUCUGACAAUAGCUUUCACGGCUCUAGGUGGCAAUGCCCUCAUGAUUCUCCUGAUUCAUUUGGACCUCCGGCUCCAUACGCCCAUGUACUUCCUCCUGAGCCAACUGUCCCUCAUGGAUGCCAUGCUGGUUUCCACCACUGUGCCCAAAAUGGCUGCUGACUACUUGACUGGAAACAAGUCCAUCUCCCCUGCUGGCUGUGGCUUCCAGAUCUUCUUCCUUCUCACUCUGGGUGGUGGGGAGUGCUUCCUCUUAGCAGCCAUGUCCUAUGACCGCUAUGUGGCCAUAUGCCACCCUCUGCGCUAUCCCAUGCUCAUGAGCUGGCCACUGUGUCUGAGGAUGACCAUGGGGUCCUGGUUCCUGGGAGCAGCUGACGGGCUGAUGCAG